AUGGAUCCUACGGCACUCGCGGAGUUUUCCCAAUCAUCAUCACCUUCAGAUGAUGAAGUGGGAACGGAUGAAGAAUCCUUUCGUGAAACAGUGGAUUCGAUCAGAGAACCCGCGGGGUUUUCGCAAGGGGAUACAACUAAAAUUGACAAUGACUUCGAAGAUGAAGAGGACUUCCGACAACUUCGACUCCUUCUCCCUCUGCUUAAAAAGCUGCCCCUUCUGCUCAAGAACCUACUGAUACUGGUGCAAUAUUUCCUUCUAAUACUGCCGCUACUGCUAAUAUCCAGACUACUUUCACUUCGCAGUCUUGAAAUUGAGAAAACUGGGGGACCUGAGAGCAAUUCAAGAUUUCCUGUCGAUCGUGGUCGAGCUGAUUUCACACUCUCAAGCAACAGAGGCGAGAAGCGACAAGUGAACCUGAUCCCGAUACAGUUGACGAAUCAACUUACCGCCGGAAUGACCGGAACUUUGCAACUUCAUAAAUACAUAAUCACUACGAUCGUUCAUGAGAUCUUGAAUUCAAAACGUUUCCUCGAAGGCGAAGCGACAGAAAAGGAUGAAGACACCAAGGAAAUGGAGCUCAUCGAAUCUUACAGUCCAGAUUUGAUCCACAAACUUGUGGUCGAAUCGAGGAACAAACAAAUUGAUCUCUUGUUCAAUCAGGCGAAGAAUUACAUUGCUCGGCUUCUCAAAACUUUGGAUGAGCUGAAGAAAAUUGACUCGGAGGAGUACGAAAAGUCUCGACGAGUUCCGAAACACGAAAGCACAGUCGCCAAAACUGAUUAUUUCAAAAAGCGCAUUGAAGAAAAUGUCGAUUCGCUUCGGAGGCAAUUGGAAAAAAGUCACAUCAAAGGAAUUACUGACGCCAAGUUGAAUAGCGAAUUUCUGCAUGAACUCAGCGAAUACGAGAACCUCAUGCGGGAAAACUUGUCCCAGGAUGCGGCUUUUCAGCAGAACUUGAUCAGCAGAAUCAUGAUUCAUAUUCGUCAGAGUCAGAGUGCAGAACUUCUGCCGCUGAAGAAAUUAUGCAAGAUGCCAAAAAAUCUGAUGGAAAGCACGGAUCACGCGGCUACUUUACAACAUGUUCUCUCACAACGGAUUCUCAAAGAAAUGGAAAACUCAGUGAAGGAGAAUAGACCAGUCAACUUCCGGGAAAUCGAUUUGACAAAUUUGUCAGAGGACGAGGAUGCCAACAUGACUGUCGAAGAUUUGAGUGACAGGGAUUCUUUUGUGAUGCCUGACAGGGUCAGAAAGAUCGUCGACGACACUGAAACGCAAUUCAUCCGACUUUUAGUUUUCCAACUCAUUCUUUCAUCCCGUUUGGAAGAAGUUUUGAUAGAAAUGAUGCUGGAACACGCAGCCAAGAAGGACAAGAAAAUCGUCGAAAUCCUGACCGAAGCUCAGAACGACAAGAAGGAAAAUGCGAAGAAAACUGUUCGAGAUUCGAAAAAUCUCAGAGUCUCUUCUACAACAGAUUUGUCUCGUCGCAAAAACCGAAGCUCCACCAGUGUUCCACCAUCUCCGAAGAAUUCAAAUUCCUUGAAAGCCAGAAGUUAUCGAAUGAAAAUGAGAAAAAUUUCAAUACAUUCCGUCAAUGCCAACAACAUUGCCAUGGACACAGGUGAUAACAUUCUGGUGGCUGAAGAUGUCGACUUGGCAUUCCGCAGAACCAUUGCCAAUCACGUCACGACAGUCAAGCAUUUCAUUGAAAUCGUCGUUGCCAAAAAGGCUGAUCGGGAGCUUCUCACCACAUCCGCAAAAGUAAAUAUAUUCUCAUUCAGUAAA